AGUAUGGAGUCAUAACUUCGGACCCCAUAUUUGUUUAUCAAAGAACUACUAUCGUUGAACGAAGUUAAAAUUUUUGUCAUCCGAAAGUUUUGCCUCCGGCAGACGGUUUAUCAUUACUGUAGUGCGUGAAUGUUUACUUUCGGGUAGUGGAAACCUGAAAUCUGUAAUCAAGUAAAGUUUAUCUCGUCAUCACACUCUUUUCUAGCGGUCUCCGUGCCCGUGCCUCUUGAGCUACGGCCACGCGUCACUUUUCUCACCAAAAUAUUUUUUUCAGGGCCGAGCCCUAAAACUUACUGCUGAAUUUUCCUCGACCAUCCUUGUGAGCUCCGCUCGAGGUAGGCAGUUGACUUUUCUGAACCAUUGUGCCAUUGAUUUUCAUCACAUCAGGUUGCGGAACUAAGAUGGCCAUUCAAGUGGUGAUAACCGAGUUCCAUUUUCAUCCGUAAUACAGAGCUCUACUUUUCUUCUGAAACCUCUUUUAACAGCCGUCCAAAGUGAGCUCAGCCAGAGGAGCAAACAUGUUGCUUGUCCUUCUCUUUGCACUGUUGCAUACUAUCUCCGGAUUCUAUCUGCCCGGUCUCGCGCCUGUCAACUAUUGCCGAGCCGAGUUAAAGGCCAUCAAAUCAUGCAAGUCGGAUGUACCACUUUAUGUCAAUCGCUUAAACACAGAGGAACUGAUCAUGCCAUAUGAAUACCAUUACUUUGACUUCUGCACAGGAAAUGAAAGCUCUUCACCAGCAGAAAAUUUAGGGCAAGUCCUCUUUGGUGAAAGAAUCCGGCCAUCACCAUAUAAGAUUGAAUUCUUAAAGAAUACAACAUGUGAGCUGCUGUGUACAAAGAAGUAUUAUCCAGGAAAUCCAACUUCAGACAAGGCCUUAUCUUUGCUCAGACGCGGGAUCAGUCUCAACUAUGCUCAUCACUGGAUUGUUGACAACAUGCCUGUAACUUGGUGCUACUUAAUUGAAGGCCUGCAAGGACAGCAGUACUGCCAGACAGGUUUCCCGAUGGGCUGCUACACUGGUGGAUACAUUGAGGAAAUUUGCUCUAACAUCAUUGGACCAAGUGCACAAAAAAAUGCCUAUCACCUCUUCAACCAUGUUGACCUACAUAUCACGUACCACAGCGGUGAAGGGGAAGAUUGGGGAAACUCUUUUCAACAAAAUGGAGGACGCAUCAUCUCAAUCAAGGUCAUUCCAUCAUCAAUCAAGCAUGUGACCGAAAAUGGUAAGCUGUCUUGCAGCCCUAAGGAGCCCAUGACUAUUCCAGAGAAGUUUACCCAACCCUUUGACAUCACGUAUUCCUACACCGUUAAAUUUUUUAAAAAUAACACGAUCAAAUGGUCAUCAAGAUGGGACUACAUCCUGGAAUCUAUGCCAAAUACAAACAUCCAUUGGUUCAGUAUCCUUAACUCACUGACAAUUGUUCUGUUUCUUUCUGGAAUGGUCAUCAUGAUCAUAUUGAGAACCCUACACAAGGAUAUUGCCCGCUACAAUCAGAUUGAUUGCGGAGAGGACGUACAAGAAGAAUUUGGAUGGAAGCUGGUGCAUGGUGAUGUGUUCCGCCCUCCACGAAAGGGAAUGCUCUUGUCUGUCUUUGUUGGCUCUGGAAUUCAAGUCUUGUUUAUGGCUUUGGUUACUUUAGCUUUUGCUUGUCUUGGUUUCCUGUCACCGGCCAAUCGUGGAGCUCUCAUGACGUGUGCAUUAAUUCUGUAUGUGUGUCUCGGUACGCCUGCUGGAUAUGUCUCAGCAAGGUUGUACAAGAGUUUUGGAGGUGAAAAAUGGAAAUCCAAUAUUCUCUUAACAGCAAUGCUCAGUCCUGGGAUUGUGUUUGGUAUCUUCUUCGUCAUGAAUCUUAUCUUGUGGUCUAAAGGAAGUUCUGCAGCUGUUCCAUUCUUUACAUUGCUUGCUCUCCUGUCCCUUUGGUUGUGUGUCUCGGUCCCACUUACAUUCAUAGGCUCUUUCUUUGGUUUCCGUAAGAGGGCAAUCCAACAUCCGGUGAGAACCAAUCAAAUUCCCAGACAGAUUCCUGAACAAAGCGUUUACACGCAGCCUAUUCCUGGUAUCGCAAUGGGUGGAGUCCUCCCUUUUGGUUGCAUCUUCAUACAGCUCUACUUUAUUCUCAACUCUCUUUGGUCGAGUCAAGUGUACUACAUGUUCGGCUUUCUGUUCCUUGUAUUUUUAAUCUUAGUAAUUACUUGCUCAGAAACAACCAUUCUGCUCUGCUACUUCCAUCUUUGUGCAGAGGAUUAUCACUGGUGGUGGAGAAGUUUCUUGACAAGCGGGUUCACCUCAGCAUAUUUAUUUAUUUACUGUUUCCAUUUCUUCAACACACGACUAAAUAUUGAAGAUCUAGCCUCAACAUUCCUCUAUUUUGGCUACACGCUCAUAAUGGUUUUCUUGUUCUUCUUAAUGACAGGCUCUAUUGGAUUCUUUGCCUGCUUCUGGUUUAUUCGCAAGAUUUACAGUGUCGUAAAAGUGGACUAAGUUGGGCAGCAUUACAUUUUCGAGAAUCACACAACAUAUGAUGGAGUAUUCAUUUCCUGGAAGAACAUAACGUCCAUCCUUAAACAACUUUGCAUAAAGUGUCAGCCUUUGUUAGCCUCAAAUUAUUUUUUGGAUUAAUUUUUAAUUAAUUUUUUUUAUAUAAAUUUGUAACUGUGUAUAUUCAAAUAAUUAAUUGUCCGUAAGAUUUGUGAUUUUAGUCGUAAAGUUUGUAAAAUUACUUUUGCAGUUCAUUUUGCAAUUGCAAAUAAUGUUGAUCACUCUAGGUGCUGAUUGUAAUGAAAUCUCUGAGAGUAGUGGCUUGCUUUUAAAAAGAAAACCAAACAAUUCUGUGAAGGUUGAGUUUUCCUUAAUAAUUCGCAACCAAGCAAGGUUUGCCAGGUCUGUAAUCAAAACAAUCACUGUAUAUUAUCCAUUUUAAUGGAUAAUAAUUUAACUCAAAGUUAAAUGGGGAGAAAUGCGCUGAAAUUCCAGCGCAAUCUGGCAAAGAUGCAACCACGGCAAGUGAAUCAUUCAUAUCCUGAACGCAAGUCCUUUAAUUGUUAGGGAAUUUUUUGAGCAAAGAGCAAGCCCACAAACCAAAAGCAUGUAAAUAACAUAAAGUCGCCCGUGACUUCAAAAUAGAAAAUGUUAUGAUGUAACUUGAUGGUGAAGAGAAAACACAACCUCUCAUAAAAUGAAAAAAAAAUGUUUGCCUUUAAACUGCAUCCUUACAUGCCAGAGUUAAGGAAGUGAAACAUAAUACCUGAACAUACGGGACUUCAAGGACCAAGAAUAGCCUCAAGUCAAAAUAUUUCUACUGGGAUCUCUGUAUGAAAAUUUAAAUUUUCAAAAGCAAUGUGUAGAAUAUUUUUAAAUGGAAAAUUGAUUGUCUGUCAGUGCUAGGUUUUGAUAGUCUUUCCGACAGGCCCGUUGGGCAUUGGGCGAAACCUGCUGCACCCUUUUAAGAGUAUCUUCUUUACCAAAGUGGAUGUGUUGUAAUUAAUUUUUUUAAAUCAUGCUUAUAUGAUUACUUUUGAUUUUUUUUAAUUUUUAAGAAUGUCUAAUCUGCUUUAUUUGAUGACUAAUCUUAGUAAUGCUUUGAAGUAUGAAGAUUGUUUGAAUGAUUUUUCAUAAAUUUAUUUUACUCUUAUUUUUUUAAUAAAAUGAGAGAAUUGAAUUUUGCAUGGAGCAAGUUAUCAAUUUCAAAAUUGUUUGUCACGUCAAUGAAACUAUGUAGUAAAAAUAGACCCUGAAAUGGGAUAAAAAUUUACAUCCUGCACUAUUUACCUCUUUGCGCAACGAAGUUAUCUUUAAUCAAUUUUUAAGCAAAAUAUUAACGGUUUCAAGUAGCCUAGGGCCUAGAAAUUUAGUGUCUUGUCUGCAAGACGCUCAAAUUGUAUACGAGUCAAAUCUAUCAUUUAUGAUGAAAGUAAGCAUGUAUCAUACAAAUUACUUCACCAAGUUUUGCAAUACUUUUAUUCAUUUUUUGAAGGAACUCUUUUAAAAUUUAAUACAUGUCCAUUUGUACUCCACAAGGCUUAUAGACCUUGAACUAUGCCAACAUUUGUUUAAUUUGCCGUUCGAUGCUAGUAAAUUUGGGUUUUCUCAACUUAGUCUUUGAAAAGAAUAGGUAAACUAAAGUAGGCUUCUAAUUCUUGUUUUUGUAGAAUUCUUUUGAACUAACUUCAUAGUCUGUGUUAAAAACCAAUUCCUGUGCCCCUCACCACCCCAACAUUUCAACAAUUUUCUUUGUUAUUUGGAAUUUGCCAGAUUUACUUAAAAAUUCCAUUUCAGCGGUAAAUUUUGAUGAAAUUGCACCAAAAAACUGCAGGUAUGGAAACAUGGACCAGUCUCAAUUUGAAUUCUCUUACCUUCGUCGGCAAUCAUGCAAGAGUAAAUAAACUUCAAAGUUACAUACUUGCAUGGGUUUUUAUGCAAAAUCAUUGGAAUUUCAAGCCAAACUAGAAUUUUUGGAAGAUGAAGCAAAUAGGUGGAAAAGUGGGGUGAUACACAGCGCAUUACUUUUGGUGGUACUGAGAUUUAAAAAAAAAAAAAAAAAAAAAAAAAAAAACCUCGGCAACA